AUGGAAACUGUUACUCAAUAGAUUAAAAGUCUGAACCAAAAGAAUUAAGAACUUGCUGCUCUAGAAAAUCGGUUGAUCUAAUUGAAACAAUAACUUAAUUUGUAGGAAGCCAACAACAAUAUCGUUUAGGCAAAAGUAAACAAGAUUGUGUAUGCAAAAAAACAGAAAUUUGAAGAUCAGAUGGAACUUAGCAAAAUCAUGGAGGCUAACAAUCUCAAUGAUAAUGGAAUACAUAAUUUCAUCAGAAAAAAUAAAUAAUAAUAACAGGAGGACACUAAGAAGAUGAAACAAGACUUGCUAGAUGAGAAAUGCUUGAAAACUGCAUUAGUGAAAUAACAAUUGGCAUUGCAGAUGUAUUAAAACAAAAAGAAAAGAGAAGAGGAACUUCUGGAGAAACAACAAUAAUAUGCUAGAAUCUCAGAAUGGGAGUUCAAUAUGAAAUAGGAUUUGGAAUAAAAGAAAGCAGAACGAAUAGAGAAAAUUAGAUAAGAAUAAAAUUUAUUUAAAGAUUAAAUCGCUAAACGAUUGCAAGAGUAAUAAGCAAUGUGUGAUUACAUGGGCGAUGAAGAGUAGAGAUUGCUUAAUAAAUUGAAGGAUUCUCAAGUACAUGGCAAUAGUUUAAAAAAUGAUCUCAUGACUGCAUUAAAUUUAAGCAUCAAAGAGUAUAAUAGCAUCUCAGGAUUAAGACCCUAAAUUUCUAAAUCCUAGAGUUUUCAGAAAUUGCCUAAAGAAUCAUAGAAUAGUCCGUAUGCCUAAUUGCCAACAAUGUUGCAAUUGAAAGUCAGUGGCUAGCUGAGUAAUUACCUGAAUAGUAAUUCAUCAUUUCGAGAAUCUUUAAUGAAAGAGUAUCAAUUUUCGCUACCCUCCUUAUGCAAACCAUCAUUUAAUGAACAACAACAAUAAGUAGACCGAUUGUAUCAAUCCAAAACAAUAAAGAAUAGUAAAUAAGAUCUGUAAUCUAUUCUCAACUAUUGUGAUAAUAAAAGCAAGUCUACCUAUACAAAAAAGAAAGGCAGAAUGAAUUAAAGUGAAGUUUUAUCUUCAGAUAACCAUUCUAUUUCCUCAAAGCAAAAUCGUAAAAUAUCUCAAUAACAAUCGAUUAGUCAAUAGUAAUCAAAAGAGUUCGAUAAAAGCACUUAGAAUUAAUAAUAAUCAAAUUGA